CUGGCGCAGAGGUCCCGAAGCCAUCAGCCGAGACUCCAGAGUUGACAAAGACAGAACCGGCGAAAGGUGAUGCUGAUCCCAAAAGUCAAGCAGAAAUCGCUGUCAAGCCGCCCGCUGUGGAUACCUCUUCUGCUCAGCUGAAGAGCGAUGAACCCAUGACUGCUAUCGAGGCAUCGGAGCCCCCUUCUGCUCUCGAGGGCCCUGUGCUUAAAGGCCUGCUGGGCGGUGGGGACGAAGGAGAUGACACAGCAAGCGAGGCUGGUGGGAACACCGCUACGAAGAAGAAGAAGAGUAGGAAAAGCAGGGGCCCCAAGGGUAAAGGAGGCGGAGCUUGAGUUUGCAUACAAUCAAGCAACUCUUGCGAACCUCCGGGUACUAUUCACACGACCCUGCGAUGACCCGACACGAGAUUCACGGCUCACGACCAUUGCCCUGCUUGCUGUGGAUUCGCCAUACCGUACCUGUUGUGCUUGUGACGCCGAUGGACGUUGUUAUGCUCUGUUGUGUUAGUAUGUUGUGCUCUCAGUUCGUCAACCGUCGUAUGCUUUGUUACUUUCGUGCUUCUUCUGCAUGUGGUAAAUAGCUGAUUGAUGGAACUCGCAGCCUGAGCAGGGACGGUUUCGUAGUGUUUUGUUCGCCUUGACGCAGUUUCUUUUUUUCGUGUACGUGUAGAUAGUAACGCUAGCGACGGUUUGUAGGACAACUCAAACGUCCUGAUUUUAUCCAUCCUCUAUCCUUUUCUAUCUCAUGUAUACGGUAUGUAUUGACUCACGAUUUGCAUGAUCUAAUUUAUGUCAAGUGGAGAACCAGCGUUUCAGCUUUUCGUAUUCGUCGUCGUUUGUUUGGACCUCGAUACCGGCUAGUCGCCAAUGCUUGGAUUGAUUCAAGUAACAGCUUACUUUGAAUUCGUCAACGCAUCAUCUACAAUCCAAGGGAAUUGGCCUUCCGUUGUGGAUAGGUUUGUGGAGGUGGAGGUUGCGAGUGGGGUGCAUCGGGCUGUUUCCAUUGGGUGGGUACAACCGUAUGCGUCAUAUGUAUAGACCGGCUCUCUCCGAAUGACGAUAUUAGCAUGAGAUUUUCAAGAUUUGGAAAAUUACGCUCUCGCUU